CACGGCGGUGCAAAAAUGAGACAGUAAAAAUUUGAGGUAAAAAUGAGACAGUGAGUUUUUUCUAUUAUUAAACAUCUUUUUCUAAACUCUGAUUAAGUAAAAACGUUAAGUCCUCUUUUAAGUUGAGCAUGCCUGUAUUAAAUUUAAACAAUUAUGGCACAGAAAAUAUCAAACAUGAUGUAUUUGAAGGAAUCACAAAAAACACUCAUAAAACUUUCAAAUAAAAGGCGCUAACUUUUCCCGCCACGGCAGCCUAAAUUGUCGGAGCGACUCGUUUAAAGUCGGAAUAUUGUUGUGUUUGUCUUGUGAUGCGUUGGAACCAUGUGCAACAGUCUUUCUUUGAUACCUGACCCGAGCGCUCGUAAAAUUAUUCUGGGGUAAAAUUGAGACUUGUGUGGGGGUAAAUGUGAGACACCUGUUGGAGAUAACUGGAAUUGUUUUCAAAAUGCCUAGAACAUACGUUCCUAAAUUAAAAAAAUAUACAGCAAAAGACUUAGAAGAAGCCAUAAAUCUUGUUAAACAAGGGAAGCUUGGGGUAAGAGAGGCAGCACGACAAUUUAGAAUCGACAAGUCCAAGCUUAGUAGGUCGCUUAACAACAAAAAUAAGUCGAAACAAGGUAGAAAGCAAGAGGCAAACCAGAUAAUAAAUGAAAUUAAUUUGGCAUCCACAUCAAAUAUUUCAAUCGCGGGCACAGCUUCAUCGUCCACCACGUUCGAAGAAAUUUUGCUUGCCAAAAUCAAUAAAACAAAUCCUGAGACUAAGACAAGACGUAAGAUUAAUUCAAACUCUGCGGUUCUUACGAGUGCUGAAUAUUUAGAAAGCAUUAAACAAAAAGAAGUCAUUCAAAAAGGUAGAGUUCAAACAAAAAAGGUACAAAAGAAAAAUAUUCAAAAAAUAGAUCGAGUUCCAAGUUCUUCCUCAGAAAGUGAAGCCGAAGGCAUUAUUCUUCAAGACGAAAGUGAUGUGGAUGAUAUGACGUUAGCUGAUCUAGUUGAAUCCAAUUCAGAUAACGAAUUUGACACCUGCUCAAAUGAGAUACAUUCCGGAGACUAUGUUUUAAUAAAGUUUGCUACAAAAAAGAAACUGGUACAUUACGUUGCGUUAGUAGAAAAUAUCAAGGGAAGUGAGUACUGCGUAUCGUAUAUGCGUCGACAAGUGAACAAAUUUGUAUUUCCCACCGUGCCUGAAAAUUAUAAUGUGGACAAAGACGAUAUUGUAAUGAAAUUACCCUCCCCUAGUUGCCAAGGAGGAACCGCUAGAAUGUCCCAAAAGCUUGCUUUUCCGAUAGACUUUCAAAAGUUUUCUGUUAAUUAGCUAAAUGUUUUAUUAUACUUACCCUACGUUCUAUUUUUUAAGUAGAAUUUACUUAUUAGUUUACUUUGACUUGUUUUGUUAAACAGUAUUAUGAGAUUUUUCCCAUUUUUUGAAAUUAAAACAGUACAAAUUAAUAAUUCACAAAAUGUUGUGUGUCUUAUUUUUAUACUUACCUGUAUCAGUCUUUCCCCAGAUCGAAUAAUAUGAUGGAAACCUUCGUUUUACACCCUGUCUCAUUUUUUUCCAAGCAUGUCUUAUUUUUGCCCCAACGACAGGAAAAAAAUGAGACAGAGAUUUAUUUUUUUUUAUUAAAGAAAUACUUGUUUUUAUGACAUUUGGUGAAUAUAAUGUAAUUUCCCGUGAAAU